AUGAUAGCUGAAGUCGUUCGCCCCGCCAUUUCGGCGUUACCGACAUUGCGAAGAUUUGGUAUCACCAUGGUACAGGAGGUCCACUUGCUCGACAACAUCCGCCAGUACCAGCCCCAGUACUACCAGAUGUCCCGGCAGCUGAUCUGGCAUCGGGUGCCGGUGCUGCGACGGCUGGCGGUGUUCAUCCUCUUGUUCUUGGGCAAGAUGGGCGAGUUGAGGGUGAUCUUGACCAAGCGGUCGCUGAAGUUGAGACUGUUCCCCGGCCACGUCUCCUUGCCCGGGGGCAAAAGUGACCUGGCAGUGGAGACCGAGUGGCAGGUGGCGCGUCGCGAGAUGGAAGAAGAGAUCGGCAUCUCCCAGAGCAAUGAUUUCUUGCUUAAAAAUAUGGGGUUCACCAUUGAGCACUUGAACAUCUUGCCGGCGUACCUCUCGCGUACGUUUUCCGCCGUCCGUCCCUGCGUGGGGUUCAUGAACGUUCGCAACGAGGACGACUUGCAUAAACUUAAGAUCUCCCUCAACCCCGGCGAGUCGCUGCUGAUCUUCUCGCUGCCACUUCGAGACUUCUUACACCCGAUCUCCGAGGAGCUGUACGAAGCGGUGGAACGGACGUCGCAUAAGAUCCGCUGGGGCGGAUUGCCCUGGAACUUGCGCCUGUACAUCUUCAAACAAAACAACCCCAACGAGGCCGAGUGGUUGCGCGAGAUUGACGACCUCCUGAUGAGCGAGGACGAGCUCGAAGACCUUGUCACUGGUGACAAACUAAGCAAACUGGAGAAGCUCGAAGCGUGGGGGAAACUCGGUCUGCGUCGCGACGAAGAAACCAACGAGAAAGUCUACGACGUGUGGGGGUUGACCGCCAACAUUUUGCAUGAUAUCGCCGAGGUGGUGUAUGCCAACCGCACCUCCCGCGAGCUCGGUGAGGAAGAGCUCAUCUACUCCAUCUGGAAGUACGGGGGGCAAAUGCACGAAAAGAAGCGCCUGGAAGAGGAAGUUAAGUUGAUCAACUCGCGGUCAUUGCCCAACGAAUUCGGUUUUAAUGAUAUCUUACCCCGUACCGAGUUCUUGAAACUCAAACAAAUCUAUAAGCUCUGA